GGUGCCCGAGAAACCUUUGAGAACUACUACAGGAAACAGAGAAGAAAACAAGCCCGAUUGGUCCUGCAGCCUCCCUCAAACAUGCACGAAACGUUAGACGGCUACAGGAAGUAUUUUAAUCAAAUUGUAGGGUUUUUUGUAGUUGAAGAUCACAUCUUGCAUACAACUCAGGGCUUGGUAAAUAGAGCCUAUAUUGAUGAGCUGUGGGAGAUGGCGUUAUCAAAAACUAUUGCAGCACUAAGAACACAUUCAUCCUACUGCUCGGACCCGAGCCUGGUGUUAGACUUGAAGAACCUCAUUGUCCUCUUUGCAGAUACACUCCAGGGAUACGGCUUCCCAGUGAACCAGCUCUUUGACAUGCUGUUGGAGAUCCAAGACCAGUAUAGUGAAACCCUACUGAAGAAGUGGUCAGGAGUUUUCAGAAAUAUACUUGAUUCAGAUAACUACAGCCCCAUCCCAGUGACAAAUGAAGACGUUUAUAAGAAAAUAGUUGGGCAGUUCCCAUUCCAGGAUGCAGAACUUGAAAAGCAACCAUUUCCAAAGAAGUUCCCCUUUUCUGAGUUUGUGCCUAAAGUUUACAAUCAGAUUAAGGAAUUCAUCUACGCCUGCCUGAAGUUUUCGGAAGACCUUCAUCUGAGCUCCACGGAAGUCGAUGACAUGAUUAGAAAAUCCACAAACCUGCUGCUGACCCGAACACUGAGCAACUGUUUACAGAAUGUCAUCAAGAGGAAAAACGUCGGCCUGACGGAGCUUGUACAGAUUAUUAUAAAUACGACCCAUUUGGAGAAAUCCUGCAAGUUCCUAGAGGAAUUCAUAACCAAUAUCACUAAUGUACUUCCAGAAACUGUCCACACUACGAAACUCUACGGGACCACAACCUUCAAGGACGCCCGUCAUGCUGCUGAGGAGGAGAUUUACACCAACCUGAACCAGAAGAUAGACCAGUUCUUGCAGCUGGCAGACUACGACUGGAUGGCCAUGGAGCCGAGCAGCAAGGCCAGCGACUACCUUGUAGAUCUCAUCGGCUUUCUACGGAGCACGUUUGCUGUGUUCACCCACCUCCCGGGGGAUGUAGAUGUCCACUCUACAAUGUCGGGGAAGGUGGCACAGACGGCGUGCAUGUCAGCGUGCAAGCACCUCUCCACCUCACUGAUGCAGCUACUGCUGGAAGCCGAAGUGCGGCAGCUGACGCUGGGUGCCCUGCAGCAGUUCAACCUGGACGUGGAGGAGUGCGAACAGUUUGCCAGAUCCGGCCCAGUGCCUGGGUUCCAAGGGGACACGCUGCAGUUGGCCUUCAUCGACUUGAGACAAGUAAGUCUUUGUGUUUUUGUUUUUUGUUUUUCUUUUAAGAUGUGUGACUGA